CGCUUCAAGAAGGAAGCAAUCAAUCGCGGCCGUCGGAGAAGAAUGGACCACGAUGGCGAUUGCUUCAGCAAGGAGGAGCUUUUCAACCCCAUCCUCGCCAUGGGCACGCAGGUUUCCUGUCUGCUUGUCAUCUCGCAUUUCUUCCAGCUUCUGCUCAAACCCUUGGGGCAGCCGGCGCCCGUCGCGCAAAUCCUCGCAGGAUUCGUGCUGGGGCCAUCCGGUUUAUCACACAUAGAUGGGGUAAAGGGUUUCUUCUUCACCAUUUCUUCUACUGACUACUAUGAAACCAUGGCUCUCUACUCCAGAAUCAUCAUCAUGUUCCUGAUUGGGCUGGAGACUGAUGUCCCUUAUUUAAGGCGCAACUUACGCGAGGCCUUCAUCAUUUCUUGCUCAAGCAGCUUCAUCUGCACCGUUUUUGCCUUAUCUGUGACCACUUUUAUAUUCCAAGAGAUAGGAGGCCAUGGCUCUGUGGCUGUGAUGGCCUUAACGCUCUCCAUAAUCUUGUCGAACACGGCGUCGCCUUUCGUGUUGCGUCUGGCGCAUGAUCUCCGGUUUGCAAGUACUGACAUUGGGAGGUUGGCUAUAUCCUCUUCCCUUGUGGCCGACGCUUAUGCUGUGUUUUUGUUGAUCAUCAUUUCCAAGCAGAAGCACCGCUACAAUGGCCUUAAGUGGUUCUUUUACGGCAUCCUGCAUUUCAUUGUGAUUAUAUCGGUUAUCCUCCUUAACAUGCACUUAUCGGAUUGGCUCAAUAAGAGACACAGGAAUCUAAAGUACCUGAGGAGCACAGGAAUGUCUGUUCUUCUGGCUAUCUUAUUCAGCGGUGCCACCAUUCUCGAAACAAUGGGAUUCAGCAGUGUGGUUGCUUGUUUUCUCAUUGGCGCGACAUUUCCAAGGGGCGGCAAGUCAUACCGGACACUCUUGAAUAAGCUUUCGUAUUUUGUCCACAACUUCGUUCUUCCCCUGUACUUGGGGUAUAGUGGAUUCAAGGCGGACAUUACACUUAUCAAUUCUUUCCGAAACUUUGCCAUAGUUAUGAUCAUUAUACUUCUGAGCAUUGGAGGCAAAGUAACUGGCACAAUAGCUGCUUGCCUUCACCUCAAAAUCCCCCCAAAUGAAGCCGUACUUCUCGCUUUCUUGAUGAACUUGAAAGGCCAUGUCGACUUGCUUGCUCUGUCCGUUGGCUUGGAGAGUACCGUAAUGUCAAGCCAGGUAUUCUACAACCUGAUGAUAAUAGCCGUGGUAAUAAACUCACUGAUUUGGGGACCUGUAAUAGCCUUCAUGGUAAGGAGAGAGACUGAGAUCUUUGGUUAUAAGCAUAUAGCUUUCGAAUUUCAAUCGCCUGAGAGUGAAUUAAAACUGCUGGCUUGUGUGCAUGGUCCUCGUCCCGUGGCGACCAUGAUAGGACUGAUUUCGAGUUGUAGAGGGUCUGAAUCCGUUGCUAUUACUCCUUACUUGAUGCAUUUAAUCGAGCUACCGGAAAGGACCAAAAAGAACUUACUUUACAAUCAAAAGGAGGAAGAUGAACUCAGCGACGAUGAUAAUUAUGGCGGAAAUGACGUGGUGGAAAUUAAUGAAGCCGUGGAUAUCUUUUACGCCGAAACUGGGCUACUUAUCCAUCAAGCCAAGAUUGUCGCACCUUUCGCUACCAUGUACGCCGAUGUGUGCGAAUUUGCAGAGGACAAAAGAUCCUCUAUCAUCAUCCUACCGUUUCACAAGCACCAGAGAAUCGACGGGAAGCUCGAAUCUGGCAAGGAGGGCAUCAGGGCUACAAACCAGAAAGUUCUGUGCCACGCCAAGUGUUCGGUCGGCAUCCUCGUCGACCGUGGGCUAACUGCUAGCAUGUCCCAUAUGUCGGGAACUGGCUCGUUGCAACACAUGGCUUUGCUGUUUUUUGGUGGUCCGGAUGAUCGUGAAGCGUUGGGGCUCAGUAAACGCAUCGGGAUGCACCAUCACAUCAACCUCACGGUGAUCCGGUUCCUCCAUAGGACGAUGCCGAUGGAGAAUAGGGAAAUAGACGUUGCUCAUAACGAAGAGGAUUUGUUGAUGGCGAUCACGAACCAUGCAUCGGAGUAUGACGCAGACAACGCUGCCAUGACCGACUUCUUUAACAGCUACGUGACGUCGGGUGUUGUAGGGUACGUCGAGAAAUACGUGGAGGACGGGAGGCAGACGGCGUCGGAGCUGAGAGACAUGUCGGAAAUGUAUUCGAUGUUCAUUGUGGGGAAAGGGAGCGGGGGGAGCUGCGUUUUGACGAACGGGAUGAGCGAUUGGGAGGAGUGCCCGGAGCUGGGGAAGGUGGGCGAUUUCUUGGCGUCGUCAGACUUCGAUCUUUGCAGUGGUUCGAUAUUAGUUGUUCAGCAGUACAGAGCUUCCAAGGGUGGGGAUGAAGAUCAAUGACAGAGAAUUUCUUUGGAUCUUGUAAGUCAUUUUUUAUUACAGCAACAUACAAAUUAUAUAUACAUUUGAUUUUGAGAAAGGAAGGAAGGGAUGAUGGGAUAUGGAUUGAUGAUCGAUUAAUAGUGAGUGAGUGAGUUUAAAAGAUUGGUUUGGAUGCUGAUUCUCAUCUGAUGUCUUCAUUUGAAUUUGAAUUUGAAUGUGAAUUUGAAUUGUUAUUGUAAUGUAAAUAUUUGGAGUUGUUGUC